GUUAAUCCAAUCCUAAAUCGGCUCGUCAGCGGUCGGAGAUGGCCGACAAUUCUAAGCUGUUCUACGGCGGCGUGUUUCUGCUGUUUCUCGCGUACAGCCUUCAGGAUUUCUUCCUCGGCGGAGAACAGAGUGCGUCGCAGAUGAAGGAGAUUCCGAAGACCAGCUUCAAGACGGACUUCGCGAACCCCAAGUUAAAAUUCCUUUACUGCUACUCGUGAGGCUAUCGUCGGGCCUUUGAGCAGUAUGCGGGGCUGCUGAUGGAGAAGUACCCAUCGCUGCUGGUGGAAGGGGACGCCUACCCCCCACCACCCCCCCGCAUGCAGCUGGCCCACGCCCUGUCCCUGCUCAAGCUGGCCCUCAUUGCGCUGGUGCUGCUGGGAUUCAACCCUUUCACCUGGAUGGGGCACCCCACACCGGCCUUCUACACCUGGAUGGUCGGCAACAAGCUGUACUCCUGUCUCAUGUUGUUCUUUGUGUGUGGAGCCAUCGAGAGCAAGCUAGUUUCUACCGGGGCGUUUGAGAUUUACUUCAAUGAUGUGCGGGUUUGGUCCAAAAUCGAGACGGGCCGCAUUCCAUCACCUCCCGAGCUGUUCCAGAUCAUCGACAACCAGGUGUUCCUCAAGUCGUCCACACUGGGCCUAGGCGAGAGCUAGCUGCCUGCCCGGCGUCUUAGUGCAUCCCGCUGAUCAAGAUUGGAGGUACGCUUUGCUGCCGAGCCCUAGCCGAGCCAGGCGCCACGCUGGGGUCUCCAGGUUUCCGACGCCCCUAUGAAGCUGACCGCAGAAAGCAACCCUGUUUGCCCGCGGCCGGUGGAAGCCUCUUUUGGCGUCGAGCGACAGCGAGUGCUCCGGAUGACAUUUGGCUCUGGCUCCCGCGCGGCAGUCGAGCAGCCCCAUUCCUGCUACAUCAUCUCCCAUACUUUCACACACAACAUUCUUUUUUUUUUCUUCUCUAGGAGUCUCUGUCCUGUUUUUUGUUGAAAUUUAAGGGGGUAAAUGUUAGUGUGCGCAGUGCGCUUUGCAGUGUUGCAGGUCAAUAGCUGUGAAUCUAGUUUUUCUUCAUAAGUCCAAGUUUUUCUUCCCACUUUUUAAUAAAAGUUUGUUGUUGAGGAG